AUGAAGGCAUAUGCAAUUGCACUCAUAGUUUGCGGGGCUGCAGUCUUCGCAGUCAUUACAGUGUGCUGUCUCUGCAAGCGUCGCCGCGAGAAGAAGGUGCCAGUUAAACCUCCGCCGCGGGUUCAGGCCAACUUGCAGAGCAGGGCACCUCCAGCGCCGCAUACACGAGUUCCUGACCUGGAAACAGGUGAAAAGCGCGAGACAAAAGCCAAAAGAGACGGUGAGAUGGUGGUGUUGAGUGGAGCUGGCGGUUCCACCAUCGCGGCUUCAGAUGGUGCUGCCGGUGGAUGCGGCGGGGGCGCAUGCUGUCGGGGUGGCGGUGGAGGGUGUGGCCCUAGAUGUGGCGGUGGAUGUGGCGGAGGUGGUGGAGGCGGAGGGGGAUGUGGAGGCGGAGGGUGUAGCCAUUUUUGA